GGCAAUGUCCACAUGGACAUAUUCUCUUGAUACGCUCCUAUUAAACCAUUAACUAUGGCUGUUUCAAAGGCCAACAGUAUUAUGUGGUGUACAGGCAUAGUGUUUGUGAUUUUACCUCACUUGAAUCUGGGAAUGUUGUCCGACUACAAGAUCUGUGGAGACUCUGAAUGUGAAAGCCUGAUGAGUAGAGUGCAGGCCAUCAGGGACCACCGUGGUAAGGACUGUCGUUUCCUUACCUUUAGACGAGGAGACACCAUCUUUGUUUACCACAAACUGACUGGAAGAAGGAACGAGUUCUGGGCCGGCAGUAUUGACAAACAGUUUGGCUAUUUCCCAAAGGAUGCAGUGCAAGAGGAGCAGGUUUAUGCUACUAAGGAGAACAUAGUGGAAACACAGGACUCUGAUUUCUUCUGUAUGGAUGAGUAUGGUUACCCACUUGACUCUAGUCAUCUGGACAGUGAGGAGGAGGAUGUUGAUCAGAACAUACUAAACCAGGAGUCUGAAAGCACCCAAACCACACCAUACAACGAUGACACAAACACGGAAAGUCCUUCAACACCUGCAGUUUUUUCUACAGAAUUUCCAAUCUCAGCAGAGGAAGAGGACGAAGAUAAAAACGCUGGGGAUGCUGGCGAUGCCGGGACUCAAGAGGAAGUACAGGAGCCUCCAGGAACUCUGAAGGAACAAGGUGGGUCUGAACCCUCUUACUGGCUGGGUCCUUCAGUGACAGGAUGGUUAGGUCUAGCUAAAGAGGAAGAAGAAACUGGCAUUUUGGUUGAAGGAGAGAACAAAAAAGAGACAAAGGAGAUGCAGGCCGAUGCUUCUGUUGCUUCUUCUGUGACAGGAUGGCUGGGGUUGGGAGGAGAACCUAUUGAUGAUGCACAGGAAAGUAAAGAAGAAGACACGAAGACUGAUCAUUCUUUCACUUCAACCAUGUCUGGGUGGCUUGGUUUUGGAGGGGAGGAAAAAAACGAUCCCUCGACAGAAAAAGAGCGAGAAGAAGAGCCAGCAGAUAUGUUCAGAAGUAGGCGGAUAUCUCUGGACCUAGAAGGUAGCCAGUCACAUGAAGAAGAGAAGGAAGAAAUGGGGACAUUGGGUUGGCUAGGAAAUGGGCUCUCAAACACGCUGGGGUUUGGUCGGACUGAUCAAGAGUCAGAAAAAGAGGCAACACAUGAAAAAAAGGAUAGGGGGGUAAUCAAGGAGGAGGAACAACCGGUGUCAGAUUCUUGGUUGAAUAUGGGGAUUGGGGACAUUUUAGGCUACAGGAAAGAGGAGAGUGAAGUGGAUGAGAGUGAAGAAGGUAGGUUCAAGGAGACAGAAGAGAACCAAACUUUAGACCAAGAGAAUGUGGAUACCAGUCAAUCUCAAGGUGAACUGACAGGUGAGGUAAGAACAGAACCUAGCAGUGAAUCAAAGGUUGAAGAAACUCCAAAAGACCAAAAUGAUGGCAGUAAUUAUAUUUAUAUGGGUACUUUAGACAGUAAGUAUAGUGUCUUACCUGAAGAUGCAGAAUCCAAGGUUGAUGUAAAAUAUAUUUCUCCAAAGACUAUAAAUGGCAAAGAUCAUCAGAUGCCCAAAUCAAUAGAAAAAGGGGGUGAGGAUAGCAACAGAGAGUCAGGAGAAGAUUUCAGAGCUAAAAGUGAAACUGAUCAGGAUUUUUUAACACAACCUAACCUCACUUUAGGGCCUGACUCAAGAUUUUUGGAUUUAAAUUCGAAUGCUGCAGGACAAUCUGUAGGCGAGGCUGAGAAGGGCACAACAAAGGGUGUCCUCGAGGAAGGGGUCAAGGUACCGAUUCAGAUCAUAAACACGGAAGCAUCCACCAAUAUGGUCGGGGCACAUAGUCAUGAAAGUGAAAGGAAUAUCGCAGAGAUGGAGGUACUUGAUGAUUCUGAUUCUAUGAUUAAUAAUAACACAGAAACCAAGAGGGAGUUGCACCCUUUGGAGAGCAGCUCUCAGGACAUUGAGUCAUCCCAUUCUAGAAAUAGCGGUACUGACACUCUGUAUGAAAAUGCCUCAGAUAUUGAGAGAAGAACGUUAUCCACAAGUGAGAGCACAACACAGAUGGAAAACAAUGCAGGUCAGGACUCUCCAAGUUUGCCACAGGAACACUCACAAAGUGAUGGCGAUUCACAUGAGCUUAAGGAAACAGUUAAGGAAAUUGAGGAUGAUCGUGAAAACAAAAUCCAGCCAGUUCAAACUGAGAGAGAAACAUUGGAGUUUGAAGAGAACAUUCUAAAUGAAAGUGGUCUAAAGUCAGCUAUAGGCCUGGAAAAAGACAUGAAGACUGAGGAAGUAGGGGAGUUAAAGGUAGAGGGAAAUCAGGACGAGGUAGCAGAGUUAAAGGAAGAGGAAAAACAGCAGGAAGUGGUGGAAAUAAAUGAACAGGGCAAACAGGAGGAAGCAAAAGAGAUACAGAAAGAAGGGAGCCAACGGGAAGUGCAGGAGAUACAGAAUAAGGAGAAACAUCAGGAAGUAAAGGAGACAAAAGAAGAGAGGAAACAGGAGGAAGUGAAGGACAUAAAGGAUGAUUCGGAACAACAGGAUGAAGUAGAGGAAAAAAAGGAAAAGGAAGAACAGGAGGAAGUGAAACAGGAGGAAGUGAAGGAGAUA